GCAUGCGCUUUCUCACACUUCACUGUUACCUCACACAGAUAGGCACAGAGACAGACACACACUCUUUUUUCCCUCUUACGUGUGUGUUUGUGUGGCUCUGUGGGGAGAAAGUCAGUCACAAAAGAAAGCACUCAAACAGUGAGCGCACGCGGUCGACCUCCACCUCCGUUUGUUCCCUUUCAUGGCUGAUCUUUGAACCUCGUUAACUCCACACAGAUCACUCAGAGCACAGCAGCGGAAAUUGUACCUCUAUAAUAAUUUAGGCAACUGGAUAAAACCCCCUCCGAUAUCUCCGACCCUGGAAUGGAUCUGCCUCUGCGCUGCGUGCGGUUUCCACGGACAGCGUAAUUCUUAUUUCCUGGAGGAUCAGUGAAAUGCUUAGAGUAAAGCAGAAGUAAAAAAAGAAAAAAAAAAAAAAAAAAAUCAAAAUAGUUUAUGUUCACUUGAAGAAACUACAUCGUUUAAAGGUAGAAAAUGUUGAACCUCAUAUUUUUUCUAACGUGCGUCUUCGCUUUUAUUACAACUUCCCAGCGUGUGCGUGGGAAUGUCACUGAUGGAGACGCGUUUUUGGAGAAUAUUAUUCACUAUUAUGGUGAAAAUCAUUCCAUCACAACAACGAAUCUUGAAGAUUUACUGCUGUUGAUCUCAGCCAGACGAUCUGACUUGAUAAGUAAAGGAAAUCCACUGGAAGAGCAAGAGUGUCUCUCUGCAAAGCAGAUCUUAUCCGGGUUUGGCUACAACAAUGUCAGUCAGCUGACUGUGGAACAUCUGGAGAAGAUCUGCCCUGCUGUGUUGACCCAGGUGCUGCUGCCCUCCUGCCCCUACAUUUCCCCCGAGGAACGACAUAUCGACUACUCUGUGUGGGGUUAUGGGUUUCUGGCCGUCACUGUGAUCAACCUGGCAUCCCUGCUUGGUCUCCUGCUGAUCCCGUUCAUCAAGAAGCCUUAUUUCCCCAAAGUGCUGACCUACUUCAUUGGUCUGGCCAUCGGGACGCUUUUCUCUAAUGCUGUACUUCAGCUCAUACCAGAGGCCCUGGGGUUUGAUCCUAAAAAGGAUGACUAUGCAACAAAUGCAGCUGCAAUAUUCGGAGGGUUUUACCUCCUGUUCUUUGUGGAAAAGAUGCUGAAAUUAUGCCUCCGGAUGGACCACGAGCACGGCCACAGCCACUUCACACUUUCAGAGACACCUCAAGAAAACUCGAUCCACAACGGAGACGUACUGGCAAAAAAGGACUCCAUCAUUUUAACCGGCAUCACCACCGUCGCUACAGACAAGAGCAGCCCAAUCCUAGAUACGAAUGUGGAAACUUCUCAGGAUGCCGAGAUGCCUGAUGUCAUGUGCCGCUGGUUGCGGGGCCAGCGCAUCCGCAACAUCAAGACUGUGGCGUGGAUGAUAACUCUAAGUGACGCACUCCAUAACUUCAUAGAUGGCCUGGCUAUCGGCGCUUCCUUCACAGUGUCUGUCUUGGCAGGGUUCAGUACAUCCACUGCCAUCGUGUGCGAGGAGUUUCCCCAUGAGCUGGGUGACUUCGUCAUCCUGCUGAAUGCUGGAAUGAGCAUCCCGCAAGCCAUUUUCUUCAACCUGUUAUCAGCCGUGUCGUGUUACAUCGGCCUUGUGUUUGGCAUCCUGCUCGGCAGCAACUUUGCCCCCAAUGCGAUCUUUGCCAUUGCAGGAGGAAUGUUUCUGUAUAUCGCUCUGGCGGACAUGUUCCCAGAGAUGGACAGCAUUGCACGGGAACAAAAUAAAACUUCUACGAAGAUCAUUUUCUUCCUGAUCCAAAAUGCAGGGCUGCUAACCGGGUUUACCAUCAUACUUCUGAUCACCAUGUUCGCAGGAGAGAUCAACCUGGGCUAGAGGACACAGACACAAGCUGGAAAUAAAAAUAGAAUUGAGCUGCUUCUGUUUCUGCUCACAGCUCACAGAGCUGGACUGCAAAGUAAAUUUAAAGUGAAAUCCUGAUGUUAAAAGUUAAAACAAUACUUUUCUACCUUUGUACAAUCAAUAUAGUGGAAGUGUUUACUCCAUAAAAAGGGAAUACCUUUACAUCGCCAUGUAUGAAAUCUAGUUAAAUAUAUUUUAAGGAGACAAUAAAUUAUUUUUUCAGUCUUCAUGUAUUGUGAACUAUUUUAUUUUUUAACCUUUUCGGUGCUACACUGUAAACCAACAGUUUUGUUUCCCUUUUGUGGCAGGAAAAUGAAAAUGUUUGACCUCUCUGAGCUUUUCCAGGUUGUGAAGCUGCGGCUGUAUUUCAAACGUGCAGAUUUCUUUUCGCUGCCCUUUUUCGUUCAGGGAUUUAACUGAAUGAUAAUUACACCAAGACUGAACUGUGAUUGAUAUAGCAACUCUUUUAAUACAGCAAUUAAUGUAGCACAAUAUAAUCUAGUUAUUAUGCUCCACUGGACAAAGACAUAUAACAAAAAAGCUUAUUGGAACAUGUUUUUCUUACUUUUUUAUGAGCUCUCUUCAUUAUCCUCAAGGUGACCUGACAAUGGAGUGAUUAGGACACAUAA